CACUUCUCUCUGGCGAUAUACUAACUAUUAUAACCCUGCGAAUUUUUCGAGCGAAUUUUUGUUGACGUCUUGAAUAUAUUAUUUCGCCACUCGUCAGUGCCAAGACGCGUGUUUAUCUUAAUCUCUCGUAUGCAUGACAUUUCGUCGCUCAUUGACGCUGUCAUCACACAAAAUGCUGGCUUUGGAGCGCAUACCUGAUCAAACUGGAUACUUGGUAUUAACCGAGGACGGUGCUGUAUUAACGUCUGGAGGAGAUUUGGAAAAUGAUGAGAGAGUGGCAAAUAUCAUCACUAGUUUGGUCACGCUGACGAGUAAAGUUGAUUCCAAAGCGUUUCCCUCGCACGAUCCUUUUGAAAAGAUAUCGAUCAAAUAUAAGGAUCAUUGCUACGUCGUAUGUCUCUCCAAUAAGAAGAUUUACGUGGUGAAGAGGAAGCUGCCAUCUCCGACUACGGCAAUAGUCGAGCAGCAGCCUACCGUCGAUGUUUAAAUACGAAUAAACGUAAUAUUCAUAAAACAAUCUUUGUAAACUUUGAUAUCUGACACAAGUUCAAUUACUUCGAUCACUGUGAGAGAUCUAUUCACUGUUAUGUAUCUAUAAGAAUAAUGUAUUCUAAGAAUAAAGUUAGUGCAAUGUA